UCGGCAUGUCUGUCGUUUCUGAUUCAAUUUUGAAUAAGAAAUUAGAUUUUGAUAUAAAAUUACUACCCGAUGAAAUAUAUAAUUCUUAUCAAAAAUUAUUAAAUAGAUGCCUAUAUAAAAAUUCCCAAUGGUUUGCAGAGUUAUUAUUCUCUAUAGAUGAUAGUACAACACCAAAUAUUGAACAUAAAGAACAAGCUUUAUCUAACAAAAAUUACAUAUUGGCAAAAGGCUAUUUUGAUGUAAAAGAAUAUGAAAGAGCAAGCUAUUACGCUAGAGAUAAGGAUGAUACUCUGAUAUCCUUUAUAUAUUUUUAUUCUAAAUAUCAAGCACUUAAUUUUAAAUCAAACCCAAGUUUUCAAUUUUCUCAUGUCAUAUAUGAAGAUGAUUUAAAUGGCUACAAAAAUGAUUAUAAUUCACUCUAUAAAGAACUAAAUGAUUUAUAUUUAAAUAACAAGGCAGAUGGGUAUCAUUUGUAUAUCCUGGGAAUUAUUUUGGUUAAGAUGAAUUGCCGAGAUGAAGCACUUAAAAUAUUUAUUGAAUCCAUAAACUUGGAACCACAUAUCUGGGGAAGUUGGCUUGAAAUGGUGGAUCUUAUACCAACUUUUGAACAAAUAACUACCAUGCAAUUACCUAAGCAUUGGAUAACAUAUUUCUUUGUCUCUCGUUAUUUAGUUAGAGAUAACAAAUGGGAAAUGGCACUUAAUAUUUACCAAUUACUAGAAGAUUCCGGAUUUAAAAAAUGCAUAUAUAUUAGAAACCAAGUCGCUAACAUUCACUUUCAAAUGAAGGAUAUGGAGCAAUCUUUAAAAUCGUUUCAAAAUUUACAAAUCACAGACCCUUAUUGUUUAGACAAUAUCGAUAUAUAUUCCAACGUUUUGUAUGUUUUGGAGAAAGACGAGGAAUUAAGUAUUUUAGCUCAACAUUGCCAGGAUAUUGACCCUUUUAGGCCAGAAGCCUGUUGUGUUAUAGGAAAUUACUUUAGUCUCAAGGGAGACCGGUAUAAAGCCAUCAUAUAUUUCCAAAGGGCUAUAACUCUUAACGCUGAUUUUUAUUCCGCAUGGGUUCUCAUAGGACACGAAUACAAUGAGCUCAAAAAUACUUCUGCCGCCAUAUACGCUUAUCAUAAAGCAUCUAAAAUAAAUCCUUACGAUUAUAGGGUUUGGAACGGCUUUGGGCUGACCUACGAAAUUAUGAUGAUGCCUUCUUAUUCUUUGUAUUACUAUAAACGAGCUCAUAUGCUAAACCCAACAGAUUCACGUUUAUUGAUGGCUCUCGGUGAAUGCUUCGAAGCACUAGGUAAAAUGAAACAAGCUAAACUGUAUUAUCAAAGAGCACUUAUUGGUGGAGACUUGGAAGAGACCGCCACCUUUAAAUUGGCAAAGGCUUGUGAAGCGUUACAAGAUACCAGGAACGCCGCCCUGGCCUACAAUAAAUAUUUACAAGAUGCCAAGAACAGAAAGGUUUCAAAUACAGCUGAAGAAGCUCACGCCUUAAAAUAUUUGGGCUAUUACUACUAUUCGGCCAAAGAUUAUCUUAAAGCAUAUUCCUGUUUUCAUAAGUGUUUUAGCUAUGUCGAGGCCUUGGAAGAUGGAAAAAUAAUGGUUAACAAAUUGCAAGAUUACGUUAAAUCUGUGAUACCUAUUUUAUAAAUAAUUACAUGUCAUAAUAUUAUGUAUUACAUCAAACUUAUCCUGUUAAAUAAUAUAAUAUUCGUAAUUUCUUAAAUCAUUAUUACAUAAUAUUAAUUUAUAUAUUUUUCAUUCUAUUUAUACCCCAUCAUUAAUAUAUUAAUGUUGAUAUGGAGCGGUGCUCCUAUAUAAACUGUAAAGGUAGCUCCGAAUUUUAUUGUAUACAUUUUCUUAAAAAUGAUAUUUUUAAAAAUAGGACCGAGGCAUAAGCGUGACGCGGGGGGUUUAAAAAUAUUAUUUAAAGCGAAUUUUAAAAAAAUUUUACUGCCCCCUCCCAUCUCAACUUCUCAAAAAAUGUACACAAUAAAUCACU